AUGGCAACCAGGAGAAGCCAAACUUGCUCCUUCCUCUCGAACCGCGUAGGGGUCCCGAGAAAGCGGCCGGAAUCCGCGCGGCGUUCAUGGCGCUUUACGAGCUCUUCUCUCACCCGGUGGAGCGCGGCUACCGCGCAGGGCUCUGCUCCAAGGCCGCUCUGUUCCUGCUGCUGGCCGCCGCGCUCACGUACAUCCCGCCGCUGCUGGUGGCCUUCCGGAGCCACGGGUUUUGGCUGAAGCGGAGCAGUUACGAGGAGCAGCCGACCGUGCGCUUCCAGCACCAGGUGCUGCUCGUGGCCUUACUGGGACCGGAGCGCGGCGGGUUCCUGGCCUGGAGCACGUUCCCCGCCUUCAACCGGCUGCAGGGGGAUCACCUGCGCGUCCCGCUGGUUUCGACUCGAGAAGAAGACAGGAACCAGGAUGGGAAAAUGGACUUGUUACAUUUUAAACUGGAGCUUCCCCUGCAGUCCACGGAGCACGUUCUCGGUGUGCAGCUCAUCUUGACUUUCUCCUACCAAUUGCACAGGAUGUCCACAUUCGUGAUGCAGAGCAUGGCGUUUCUCCAGUCCUCCUUUGCUGUUCCAGGGUCCCAGUUGUAUGUGAACGGGGACCUGAGGCUGCAGCAGAAGCAGCCCCUGAGCUGCGGUGGCCUCGACGUCCGAUACAACGUGUCUGUAAUCAAUGGGACCAGCCCUUUUGCCUAUGACUACGACCUCACCCAUGUUGUUGCUGCUUACCAGGAAAGGAAUGUAACCACCGUCCUGAUGGACCCCCACCCCAUCUGGCUGGUGGGAAGGGCAGCAGAAGCUCCAUUUGUGAUUAACGCUGUCAUCCGAUACCCGGUGGAAGUCAUUUCAUAUCUCCCAGGAUUCUGGGAAAUGAUGAAGUUUGCCUGGAUCCAGUAUGUCAGUAUCCUGCUUAUCUUCCUCUGGGUAUUUGAAAGAAUCAAAAGAUUUGUGUUUCAAAAUCAGGUGGUGACCACAAUCCCUGUCACAGUCAUGCCCCAGGGAGAAGUGUAUAAGGAGCACUUAUCAUAAGAAGACCAUUUCUGAGAACUAAGCAGGAUCCUGGCUACCUCAUUGUUGUCUUCUGAGAACUGCCAUCUUAAGAAGUUUUUGCCAAUAGCCUGUGGACAUAGGCCGGUGUGUGUGC